ACCAAACCGCCCAGGCGCAUAUCAAUCCAACUCUUCAACAAGGGUCACGACUCGAUACAUCGCAGCCUGUCUGCCGUACUGCCCACCAUGGACUCAGCGCCUACAGAGCUCGCGUCCACCAUCCAGUCCGCGCACAUCAAGCGCCACCCGGACGCGGCCCUCGACGUCAACCCGCCCACAGCCGCCUCGACGAGAGAGCCCGUGAUACUGCAGAGCCUCAAGCACGGCAGCGACGACGGCAUCGACGAGGACGAGGAGGAUAUCCCAUACAGCGUUCUCCGCCCACAGCCGCGGCGCUACAACCUCCCUCCGCUGCCGGAUCUGCGCUUCGAGCAGAGCUAUCUCCGGAGCAUCUCCAAGGCGGAUACAUGGUGGAAGGUGGCGCUCAUCACGACGAGGGAUCAGAUUCUGGUUCCCUUGACACAGGGUUUGUUGUACAACUUGUUCCUCUGCGGCUGGCAAUAUUGGAACAGGAAUGCUCGACUACACGGCAACACAUUAGGUGCCCGGGUGCGGCGGUGGUGGUGGGGAGUGAAUAACUGGAAGAUUCACUGA